AUGUCCAACGACCAUAGCAGCAGAGACGGGCGUGGGCGCCAGCAUGAAGAUCAGAGGUUCUUCCAUGAGAGUUCAGGUUACGGCAACGACGGCGGAGGUCCACGCACACCUGCGAGAUACCCCAGCGACCAGUCAUCGAGAGGCAGCCCUUCGGCAGCUAUGUUUGUCGAUCGGUGGGCGCAUGGCGAUGCUUACGGCUCGCGACGCCCGCUACUGGUGCCAGCGUACUCGAGAGGGCCUGAGAUCUCACCAUCCCGACCCAUCGGUGACGGCGUCCCACCACAGCGUGGCCAUCGACAUAACUCUGGCAAUCAGCAAGGGUCAAGCCGCCGAGACUCCAGCUAUCAUAGGCCUGACGAUGACGGUAGUCCACAGCAGCGGUACCGGUCCCCAGAGGGCAACGCAAAGGGUGCAGGCGAAAACAACAACAGCAGCAAACAGCUUGUCAGGACACAAGGACGCCGUCUAAAUCAGGCCGGAUAUGCACUACCAAGUCGCUACCCGGACUCGGACGACCCGAGCCUGGACUACGUUUUGGAGCAGCUUGAGCGAGAGCUCCAAGCAGCAAGCAGAUUUUAUGGAGCGUACAUUGAAGCUCAUGCUAGUCAACUCGCCGAAACCGGCGAUGCUAGCCGCAAUAACGAUGUACUCAACAUGAUUUGGGUACAGGUCGUUUCGGCAAAGAUCAACAAGGACAUCAACGAGAGGAACAGAUUCCAUGACAUAUGUGCUGCAAUCAAAAAGAACUUUGACACAGUCGAGAAAGUCUCUAUUGAUCUGGACAACCCCAAUUGGGACAAGUCCGGUGGCGCCCUGGAAAGCGCCAUGAGCAAGCAAAGGCGUGUAGGACUGAAGGCGCUGGUAGUGCUGGUCCAAGGAAUCAUGAUGACGGCCCAGACGGUACAGAGGGAGCGAACCAGUUGCUUGGCCGUCUAUAGCCUAGUCAAGCAAGCCCUUGCUAUGCUCGAUCAAGACAAGACAGAGAACCAUUACUUGUACAAGAAGUAUGACGAGGUCGAUGCGGUGAGCCCGGGCAACAAGGCCGAGCCCGAGCAAUAG